UAUGUUAAAUAAUCUUUUUAACUGCAAGCUACAAUUAUUAGCUCUCAAAAAUUUGAACAGCAAAUAUUCUUUUUGUGUCAAACAACCUUCUAUUUAUUUUCGUCGACAUUUUAACAUUACUCCAAACUUUUUGAUCUCUUCUAAUGCUAACAAUAGACUACAAUCGAGGAUAUUUUUGAAUAAUUUAUUACAAAUUGGAAGAAAAUCUGGGAAAUCUUUGCGAUUGUUUUCUUUUUCACUCGGAAUUUUUUAUCCAAUUAGCAGGUUUUUAAUUUUUAAAUUAAGUAAUAGUCUAAAGAAUUUAGUUAAAACUUUGUUCCCUCAAAAAAGAAAAUUCUCUGUUCUUGGCCUAGAAAUAUUUCCAAAAAUUUUCACUGAUACGCCCGAGAUUCCUGAAUUAUUAAAUAUAUUUUUAUUUAGAGUAGCACAAUGCAGACAGCAACAAUCCACUCGUAUUGACCAUUCUCAUCAACAACGAUCUAUUCCUCCAUUAUCAGUCACAUGGACAGAAUUUUGGUUAUUGAUUAGGCCUUAUAUUCAUUGGUUAAUUUGUGCUGCUUUGACUGCUUGUUGUGUUGCAGCUCUCAAUAUUCAAAUUCCGAUAAUUCUUGGCCAGCUGGUCAACCAAAUUUAUUCUUUUAUUAGACAAAAUGGCGUCGAUGUUAAUAUGGGUGAAUUAAAGCCAAUAGUUUUUAAAUUAGUGUCUGUUUAUGUUGCACAGGCUUUCACUACAUUCUUAUGUAUUGCGUCCCUUUCACAAAUGGGAGAGAGAAUGUGUGCUGAUUUGCGUGUUCGAUUAUUUUCUCAUCUUCUUGAAUUACCAAUGCCUUUUUUCGAUGCUCAAAAUAGCGGAGAAUUAAGCGAUCGUUUAAAUUUUGAUGUCCAACAAUUCAAAAGUUCUUUUAAAGAAUGUACAGCACAAGGAUUGCGAACAACUGCACAGAAAAUUGUUCUAGUUAAUCUUGUUUUUCUCAAUUUUCGGAUUGUUGGUUGCAUUUGUUCUCUCUACUUAUUGAGUCCACAAAUGACUUUAUUUACUGUUGGAAUUGUCCCAAUUGUUGUUGUAACUGGAUCUUUAUUUGGUAGAAUUCUUAGAAAAUUAAGUGCUCGAGCGCAAUCACAAAAUGGAAUUGUUGCUGGAGUUGCAUCGGAAGCAUUCCAGAAUAUUCGAACAGUUAAAGUAUUUGCAAUGGAAGAAGCUGAACAGAGUCUCUAUGAACGGGAAGUUGAAAAAACACAAUCACUUUAUUGUCAACUUGGACUAGGCAUUGGGUUAUUUCAAGCUGCUAGCAAUUUAUUUCUUAAUGGGUUAAUACUUGGUGUUUUAUAUGGAGGGGGGCAAUUAGUAAUUUCUAAUGUUCUUUCGCCUGGUGAUUUAAUGGCAUUUUUAGCUACUGCACAAACUAUUCAACGUUCUCUUGCUCAACUUUCUUUUGUUUUUGGAAGUGGAAUAAAGGUUUGGUCUUCGUGUGGAAGAAUUAUGGAAAUUUUGCGUCUAGAUCCUAAAUAUGGCAAAAGUGGAACAUUUGUUAUUCCUGCACACAGUCUUGUUGGAAAUAUUGAACUUUCUAAUAUUUACUUUUCUUACCCAACGCGUCCUGGUCAUGAAGUACUUAGAGGUCUGAAUAUGAAUAUUGGAAAUGGACAAACAAUUGCAAUUUGCGGAUCAUCUGGCGCAGGAAAGAGUACAGUUGCCGCAUUAAUUGAACGUAUUUAUGAACCAGUUGCUGGCCGAAUAAAACUUGAUGGUAUUGAAUUAAAUAAAUUAGAUUCAAAAUGGUUAAGAAGAAAUGUCAUUGGCGUUAUUUCACAAGAACCUGUUCUUUUUUCUACUUCGAUUAAAGAAAAUAUUCGUUAUGGGAAAAUUGAUGCAACAGAAGACGAGAUUAAACAUGCAGCCGAUUUAGCAAAUGCUAGUCAAUUUAUUGAACAAUUUCCUGAGGGUUAUGAUACAAUUGUUGGGGAACGAGGCGUUACUUUAAGUGGGGGACAGAAACAAAGAAUUGCUAUUGCUAGAGCCCUCCUUAAAAAUACACCAAUUCUUAUAUUAGAUGAAGCAACUUCUGCUUUGGAUACUGAAAGUGAACGUUUAAUUCAUCAAGCUUUGAACCGAGCACUAAAAGGUCGGACAGUUAUCGUCAUUGCCCAUCGCUUAAGCACAAUUCGCAAUGCUGAUUCUAUUUAUGUGUUGGAAGGUGGUCAAGUUGUUGAGAAAGGAACACAUCAACAGUUGAUCAAAAAUACGAAUGGAAAAUAUUAUGGUCUAGUUAAAGAACAAGAACACUUUCAAAGCAAUGACAAGGAACGAAUUAUAGGUGGUUGA